AUGGAUGAUAUCUUUUUUGACCGCGAGCGAUUUAAUGAAAUAAGUCGAGAGACCGUAGCACACUUUGACGCAGCUCCUGAGUUAUCACCACGUACCAAAGAAGAUUUAAUAUCUCUUUAUGGCUGUCCAAAAGUUAGUGUCAAAAAUCCUGAUGAUAUUAGACCUCCAUCUCCAUCAGAAUCGAUAACAAAUACUCAAGAGUACCUCAAAAAACUUGCAAAAGAAGGCUUUGUACAUGGAGGUGAUACAGAUGCUUUUGAUAGAGAGAUGAUGAGACGAAAAAACGAAGGUUUACUUAAAAGCAAGAGAACUAAUCAACAAGAAGAAAUGGAAAAAUCAGAUAUUUCUUCAUUAGUUACACAAGAACCUUAUCUUCAAUAUUGGCUUAACACAGACACUGUUCAAUCCAUUGUUUCGGAGAUAAACAGACUUCCACUUCGCGAAUUACAUACUAAUUUCAUUCUCGUUAGUCGAUUUUACAAUGAAUUCACCGCAUUUGUAAGAAAAGCUAAAGCAAGACAAACAACUAAAAAGCUUUCCGAUAAACUUCUUAAGAAGCAGAUGUAUGAUUUCGUUAUGGAAGCCAGAAAACUACGAAAGAUCAUUUUUGAGAAUGCGAUCAAAAUGAAUUCGAUUAAAACAGAAGAUUUAUCAUCAGACUUACGUAAAGAGUUUGCAGAUGCAAUAUCUACAGUUGAAGUCAAGAAAGAAGAAGAAAAACCGAAGUUUUUCACAACAUUUAAAAAAGUUACCGGAGAAAAUGAAUUUAUAUUCUUAUCUCAUGCACAUUCGACCAUGGAUACAUUCCCUGACUCAUACGAGAUGCAAGACAACACGUUUUAUCCAAACGAACUCAAAGCAACAGAACAAAAAUUACUUUCUUCUCUAGAAAACUUCCAGAGCGUUGGAAUGGAGUUUGUUAAGAAGAACCCAAGAGCUGCAUCCCAAAAUUCUAUCCCAGUCAUCGUAAAACCUCAGACAAGAAAAAUAAAUAUCAUAAAUAACUUCAAACCCCUUCCAAAAGCCGUAACUCCCGAUUUACCAAAGAAAGAUCCUCUCAAGGAUAUCGAUCGCGUUCAAUUCUACUGGCAACAUGAAGAUCCAUUACCGAGUCGCCCUUUAGGCUCAUCCACGAAGUUUUUCAAUGCAUUCAAUGACAUUUCGGAUAUUUAUUUUGAGAGGAAAGAGGUCGAACCAGAAGAAAAUCCGUUUCCUCACCUCCAAGUCAAAGAUUAUGUUCCUCCUACACCGAAAUCUCCAAUUUCAGAGACCAAUUCAUCAUCAGCUGUUGUUGUUGGCCAGACAUUGAUCACAGACUCCAUCUGGAAUACGUCACAAAUGGCUGAAGAGUCAAAUCAAACGAAAUCCAAACAAAAUCCGAAGAAAUCUAAUAAGAAAGAUGCAAAAGAAGAGGAAGAUAUGAUCAUUGAUGGUAUAUCUGUGAAGAAUCUGCUUGGUGCUCAACAAGCAAUGAAUCUUUCUCCAACAUUUAAGUAUUUGAUGACGCAUUCAAUCAUUGGAUCAUCAGAAACUAAAGUUGAUGGAAUUGAAGAUUCUAUACCUGCUGUUAAGAAGCUUGAUGAUGUUUUGAAACGCCUUGGAUACACUUCUUUCCAAAAAUUAGAUUUAUUCAAAAAAUAUUCAGUCAGUGCAGGCGAUAUGGCAAAGAUUGCAGACACAAUUUCGUUCUGGGAGAAUGUAGCACUCAUGGCUGAGAAGUAUGAAUACGCCUACAAAGAGUUGAAAAAUUAUAUUAAUAUUAACUUGGCAUUUGAUGAAACGAUUGGUAAAUCUGCUAAACUAGAGCCAUUGAAGCAAUCCUACAAAGCUGCAGCUGAUAAUUUAGAAAGCGCUGGUCAAAAUCUCCUUAAUUUGUGUGGAGAUAUCGCUUAUGUCAGAAAAUACUCUUAUCAUGACCUUAUAUAA